AUGGCUGCGACACCGAAGCAAGACUUCAUGCACAAUGAAUAUUUUGACCAUGUCCAGAAGGAGGGUUUAUCCACACCCCCGUUCAUAACCGACAGGUUCUGGACGUACUAUAAGCAGGUUGCAAAAGAGUACGAUGUCGAUUUUCUCGAGUGGAACAACAGCAACAUGAACAUUAUACUCCUUUCUUCUGGUCUCUUCUCCGCUGUUAAUACCGCCUUCAUCGUUGCCAUGCAACCCGACCCCACGACCCCCCUGUUGUGGCACAGCAAAUGCGCCAAAUACUACUUGCAGGACGUGGCAUACGUUGCGUUGUCACUCAACCUUCUGGCUGCUUUCGGGGCUGUCCUUCACUCAACCUUCUGGCUGCUGUCGGGGCUGUCCUCGACAAACAGUGGCUCAGCCAUUACCAAUCGAAUUUUCGUGGAAAGGACAGACAAGAAACGUUAG